AUGGAUUUGAGCCAAGAAGCAAACCUAACUGGCCAGUGUGGAAGAAGGAAGAGCUUACGACGUGGAACAGACAACCUGUAUCCACUGCCGUGUAGAGUAGCCCGUGACAAUCAGCAAUCGGGAGUACUUCGGCGAAAGACUACCCGCCAUCGUUGGAUGACAGCCGACGACACAGUUAUUACUACAUUAAUGACGGAUCGUACCAAGCGCAAACUGACUAAACGAUUCGACAAUACCGAUAUUAUUGUAUCUGGACUGCCAUUGAGAAGCCGCUUCUGCUAUAGUCUGAUCUACGGGGUAAAGAGCUCACACUAG